UAUCGAACGAUUGGCGGACAAAUGUCGAACCAUGUGGAUUCAUCCUUGUCAAACAUCUUCAUUCCAACUACGCAACUUCCACUACUCGUCAAAAAACCGCUCACCUCACAAGAAUGCAUGCACCCAAGCAGACCAACAUGCGACUGUCCAUGUAUUUAGGCUUAUUGUUAGGCUUUCAUACAAAACUUUACUUUUUGCUUAAACUUACGCUUAGAUUUAGAAUAGUUCAAGUAGAACUCCAUGCUCAUCUACAUCUUGCUGAGAAGAAUCAUGAUUUUGAAGUAAGCCUAAGCUUCCUUACACAUACACGUGGUUCAAGGAGACAUCUUCCUCUACGCAUUCCCGCUCAUUGUUUCUUCUAUUUUCUAAGGAUGUACUAAUUCUUGACCAAAAUUUAAUAUACUCCACAGUUACCCUCCCCAUCGUUCCAAACGGCAAGACGCCGGUUUGUGAGAUAUUGCAGGAUGGCGGAAAAUGCCCACUCGUUUGUGAAGAUGGGUACCAGGCGCUUGGCCACUACAUCUGCUCGAAGGGAGCCAUUCAUUAUGGUCAACAUCUACAACUAUAACUUUUACAGUUACUCCUUGUUCUCAUCUGGUGUGUUUUUAGCAUCUCUAAGCUUAAGGUACUAUCCGUUUCACCCCAGGCUCAGGAUCAGGUCAGUCAUAGAAAUAGAAGAAUCCGAUGGAAUAAAAGGAGCUACGACCACCGUACAGUGAACAGGGUGCAUGGAAUCCUGACCAAGCGUCCCUUUCUGAGUAGACAGAGAGAAUGGACUGCUGCUCAAGAUGAAAGUCCGGUUAGAGGUAACCCACCUAACCUCUUCCUCUUGUCCUUUUUCUAAAUCCGAAAGCCCUUGCCGGAGUGCAUCGAGUCCGCAUCGCUGGUGGACUAUGCUGGUAUUCCCGCGUUCAGGCAGACACUGACCUUCCAGCUUGCCGAAACAGCGGACCCGGUGAAGUGGCGGACGGGUCUACAAGGCAGUUUGCCAAGCGUCAUCGCGGAUAUGGUGGGAGUACCGCUUGCGGACGUCACGUCGGACAGUAUCGAUGUAGGAGACAAAAGCUACAGACUGCGCACAAGGAGAGAAUUGCGGAAUGAGGAUGGAACAAGAAGUCUCGGCACUUCAUCUGAAGAAUUGGAAUUGGAAGUCUUGGUGGAGGUGAAAACAGGUCGAGAAGCGGAGAGGAUAUUGACGGAACAGCAACGAGGAGGAGGUGAACGUACGAGAGCAAGAAGUGCAUCGCCUUCUAAUACUAUGACUAGAAGUGCUACUUCACCGUUUGACGUUCAGGAUCACGAUUUAGAGCACGAGAACGAGGACCCAUCUAGGAGAAUAGAAGAAGCAACAGAAAGCAGGAGCAGCAGUAGCAAAGCUCCGGUCCUCGAGCAACGACAUCUGCUCAGGCAGAGAGCAACUGCAGUUUCGAAUACAGGCGAAGAAGCAGAAGGAAAGCAGUCCUCUGCAUCUCGUCGGCGGUUAGCGAACGCAACGCCAUUUGUCGUAGUGUAUUCCGUGCGAGUGCGAGAUAGCGGACGAUCCGUGGCGAUAGAGUUUCACCUAUCGUCUAUAGCGUCCAAUCCAAAUAGAGCGUUUACGACUAACCUCGCGACAGCGCUGCAAAGCUACGGCAUUCCUUCAGCUGUGGCGGACCUGGCAGUAGGAUUCUACGUGACGAACCCGACUAGCGUCUUCGUCUACGAGAUCGGAACUACAACGACGACAACAACUUUAUGAAUCGAUGGAAGGCUGUAGUUCUUGUAGAUGUAGUUUCUACAAUGGUACUGUUCUAGUAGUCUAGUUUCUAGAUCAGUUAGUUUAUCAGUCGUAGUUCCUCUCUCUACUACAGUGAUCAUUUUCACCUCUUAAUAAUUCUCCAUCAUUUUAUUUUUUUGAGCAAUACUUAAUUAUUUUUGGUUCCAGCCAGGUUCCUCAUGAUUCGAUUUCUAUUUUUUCCAUGUAUGUGCAAUUAUAACAAACACAAUACAUCAUAAACUAGCGAAUAAUCAUCCUAACUCUCCUUCAUAUCCCACCACGUCCACUACCACCACGACCACGACUCCGUUGCCGACCACUGCGGCACCCCCAGAGGAUACUUCCUUGAUCACCGGCUUGAUUGGCGCUGGCUUUAAGGCUUCCCCUAAAAAUCCAUCUUCGAAAGCAUCGUAGAGGUGUUUUCCCCGCGAAAACAGAAACAGUCCCAGGAUGGCAGUCUGCACUGAACUACUCUGUGCGAGAUUUAUUGUAUUGCAUUGCAUGGACGUGAAACCUAAACCUUUAUUUUGGGUGAGCUCUAAUGUCUCUGCCCUCGGCGUGAUCCUUCUGAUCGCGCUCAUCUACUAUGGCUACAUGCGAAGGCAGGUCUACCACGCGAAGAUCGCGUCGGAAGAGGCCGAGCGACAGCGCAUUGCGGAUAUGGAGACGGUGCACAGGAAAGAAGGUCGCGUGGUCACGAAGCGCUUUGGCGAAGUUCCGGGUAUGGACCUUCCGAACCUGCCGGACCGAGAGUACGAGGACGGUUCGGCAUAUUUUGGCCAGCUCAACCCGAAAGAACUGAAACACGGUUAAGGCUCAACAUCAUACAUAGAUACUGUUAAAAAUUGAUCUCCACAGUUCAUCAAACAAUGAUUACUUUCAUCAAUCAGUCAAUCAGUGACUCAUCUCCACAGGACUACCUCAUCUCUCGUCCCCUUUUCCCCUCAGAAGAAAUAGCGAAAAUGAACUUGAAAGAUGAAAAAUUGCUGUGAGCUCUAAUACGGAGUGGGUGUGCUCAAGUUAAAGGCGUCUACAUACAGAGGUCAGUUCAUCCUCGACGAGUUCAGCGGACUUGGUACGUCAACGUCAAUACAGCUUUUUAUAUAUACUCUAUCCUAGAAAAAGGAAAAGCUACUCCAUCUCUAACACGACAUACACCUACAAUGAAUAUGAAUUUUAUGUAAGUCUUAAUCUUGACGAUUUUAGUAUUGGACACUAAUCCUAAAACUAAAUGUACUACAUGUACUCACUUGCACAUCAUAGAUUCCUGAUUCCUGUUCAGGUCGUAAAGUCUUAAAUGUACUACUUGUACUUGUGUUGCUUCAUCUCGUUGAUAGUCGAGAAGGACUAUCUGAGAUGCAUACAUGACAUGUGCAUCUUCCAUUCCUCCGUACAACAGGUAUUAUGGCAUGGCAAGCUGGCGUUGUAUAUGCGGGAGAGUGGAAAAAGAAUCAAAUGAGUGGUUGGGGCACACUUCGGGUCCCACGAAAGUACAUUUACAAAGGCCAGAUGAAGAAGAACGAAAGACAUGGCUAUGGCCGCUGUGAAUGGUAUUAUUUACGCUACAGGCUUAGUCGUGAUUUGUGAAAAAAUUUCUUUGGAAGUGAUUCCGUAGCCAUUAAGUUGGAAUUGUUGGGCGCUUACUUUGGUGAAAACGAUCAAGCUAUCCAUUAUUUAUGUUUAGUUUUUGUUACAACUACUGCAAUGAAUAUGAUUUUUAUGGCUCAGCAUUGCAUAUUGACUUUUCUUUCCUCCUCAUUCAAAUUCAUCCACUUCCACGUGCCCCUCCACAGUUGACGCACUAGCUUGAUCAAGAUUACAGAUUUUUUAUUGGCGAAUAUUAUGAGCACCCAGACCCACUAACUCCACAUCCACUGUAAAUGAUCUAAAUUGUGAAAAUUUUAUCUACAGGUUUAAUGGCGAAUACUAUGAGGGAAUGUGGCAAGACGGGAAGAUGCACGGACCGGGAAAGUAUGGUACGCUAAGGGUUGCGGCUAUCUGGAACUGGAACGAAGGCAGGAUGGGAACGCUUUUGCACAAGCUUCCGUUAUGAUCAUGUUGGUCAGCUUUUAUUAUUCAUCUCUUGCAGCAUGAUUUUUAUUUUUGCUGUUCCUUCCUUCUAUUUUUGCCGCAAAGUACAUCACGGGUAGAAGAAGAGAUACCAAGGCCGUAGAAGAAGAGAUGCCAAGGUCGUAGAAGAAGAGAUGCCAAGGUCGUAGAAGAAGAGAUACCAAGGUAGAAGAGGAGAUACCAAGGUAGAAGAAGAGAUAGAGAUACCAAGGUUAUGAAAAAGAAUAGAAAUACUAGUCGACUUAUGAAAAAGAAUAGAAGUACUUCUAAGUCCUAGUGGGAUCGGUGGUCCAAUUCAGCUAGUUCUACUGGAACGACCAAAACGAGUGCACGAGCUGCAGGCAUCCUACAAGGCUGUGUCUAUGCUGUUGCAGCGCUACCACGUCUCCAGUGAGGUUGCUUUGACCGCGCGGGACUCGACGGGCGACAGCACAGCACGGACAGGCGGCUACGUAUCUGCGAGAAAACCACUAGCUUUGGAGAAUGUCGGCAAUUUAAGGCUUCGCCUAUUGUUCCAUCACUUCGGAAGCAUCUUACAGCUGUUCCAUGAUAAGGCGAAAAGAGCCGCAAGAUGCUCCCCAAGAUGGAUGAGGGUGAGCUCUAAGCAAUGCCUCGAGCAGACAUCGAAGUAUGACCCCACGUAGUCGAGGGGGUAGGAAGGUGCUAAACAAGGCAGCACUAGGUGGCGUGAGGCAAGCGCAUAGUGUCAGCCCGUCGACGCGAGAAAUGGUCAGAAGUGCGACAGGGAGUACUACAUCUUUAUUGCCACCUGCUUCAGAUCUUGGCGGUGCCAGUGCCAACUACACAAGAAUGAUAAUGUUCUUCUGUUGUGAUUCUUUUUUCGUAGUACUGAAACUGAUUCAUGUAUACCACGACACACCCACUUCACACUUACAACAACAUGUUUUUAAUUAUAAUCCUCUCGAGUUCAACGUCCUCCUCUUGCUCAAUAUGAUCCAGCUUGGCUAACAACGUCCAUGACAUACAUUGUAAUUGUAUCACUAACUCAAUCUCAAAUCCACUAAAAAUUUCAUCUUCUCCACGUCCAACUCGACUCAGAAAAUGACGUUUUGGCGCAGUACUCGUUUCGAACCGACAGUGGGCAACCGUCGGCAAGACCCUUGUUGGCUGAACAUUAUAGCAGGCAAGUCGACACGGCGCGGUCAUCCCCAAGGAUGGUAGCUGCGCAGAGUCCUCAUCUUGACGAGAGUGCACGAAAGACUCCAAAAAGGAAGGAAUUAGUCGAGCCGCCAAAGUAUUGCUUUCUUCAAUUGAUGACGCAGAUCAUGUUUUUCUGAUGAACUUAAUUAUUUUCUGAUGAACAUGGCUAGAACAGUCUGCAUUUUAUUGAGGAAUCAAGAAUACAAGCUUCUUGUAGUGAGGUCUCCUCUUCACUCUACAUCAGGGUGAACGUCAAAAAAGCGCGAAAGGGCGCGGCAAAGUACGCCAGUGACGACGAGCAACAGGGCGCCGAUGUGCCUCCAGAGAUGUCCAGUCCUAAUUACGGUUUCCUCUCUACUAAUCCAUCUUCAGAACAAACAACCAUACUGGACCGCCUUUUCAAGGGAAAAAGGGCUCCAGGAUGGAUCUUGAGAUCAGUAACAAGCAUACUUACUCACUGGAACGCCUUUUCGAGCAGGGAAAAUUCAAAGCUCCACCAGGAUCAAGGGCGAUCUUGAGAUGAGUCAUCCCCACGAGCUCCUCUAACUCAAGGGUGGCAGAGCAGGAGCUGGCCAGUCCGUGGCAGAUGGGCACCCUGACCCUCCUCCGUUGCUUCAAUAUCUCCCGAUGGAGCGGUAUGAGCAGACUCAUCCGCUAAACUGCAUCCAUAACGUGGGACAACAAGCAGUAAAGUUCGACCUGGACCUAGAGUUAAGACUUCUUGAGGAAAUCCAUCUUUCCUACUAGCGUUGUUCUUAGCAUCUGGCAUGGCUCCCGUUUUGAUAGGAAAAUUCAUCUUUUCCAGCAUCUUGGCCUUCCUGUUUGUUCAAGGAACCAAACGGUCACCAAGAUGCUCACCAUGAUGGAUUUUUGCGACUGCGAGUUCUAAUAGAGGCCGAGAUCGACUUCCCACAGUGGGGCUUUAGGGUAGGCAACCCCUUCGUCUGGAGAGGAGCAGCGUUGAAGGACUGCUUACUCAUUUUAAGGCUCCUCUCGAUGAUGUAAAUCUAUCUUAAGAUCUUGAAGCUAUCCCAUCAAUUGACCCCAAACGGUCGGAGGAAGUAGAAGUAAGUAGGAGUAACAAGAACAAGAUCAUGAUCAUCAUCAUGCGUCUCAGGAUAUUAGAAUUAUCCCACACGGAAAAAAUAUGCAUAGUUAGCGAGCGCCAAACUCACGAUAGAUUACUUAGUCUUAGCUCUAAUCAUGACCGAAAUCUAUGGGGGACGAGAGGGCGAUGCGGGACCAUUGAAAGACUGGAACCGGCUUGAGGCGGGAGAAGAUCUAGCAUUUCAAGGUGGACGGUCCCCAAGAGCGACGAGAGUAAUCAUGUUAUGCAACACAGCGCAACGUGAAUAAGAGGGUGUCAGAACAGACAUAGAGGACCAGCACAUAGACAUACAUACUUUUUUUCCUGGCUAGUACUUGGCUCAAGGAGUGGUGUCAAAUUAAUUGUUGACCUUGGCGUCGUCCUCUUCUUGUUGAACAUCUUUAUCUCUCAAUCACGAUAAUGUUUGUAAGCAUUAUCCUGGAAUCGAGGUAGUCAUAUUAAAGUCCACUACUUGUUUCUCUAACAACAGAUUCGCCUGGUCGCGGGGGUCCUAUGGGUGCAUCUAGCAGAGGACACCAUCUUCCGAGGCAGCAGCCAGACAGUAGCAGUAAGGUUCGGCCUAUAAAGAAAUUCGCAAGGAUUGUUUCGGUGAACGGCGUCACGAAGGACCUAGUGCGCAUGCUCAAAGUCAUGUCCAUGGCAACUAGGGACCUCAAGCUGGGGAUAGUAUAAUUUUUUUCUUUCACAGACUACGCUCACUGCGAGUACAGAAGUUGUACACCAAUGCUAAUUCAUCUUUCACUACGUGCAUUCGUCUGAGUUGGAUGUUCUUGAUGUUAAACAAGUUGAACAACUUAGAAUUAAAAAGUCUCUUAGCUUUAAAAACCUGAUCUCUGGUUGGGAUUACUUACCAUUAUCAUGUUGAACAUCUUGAUCUUCCUCUAUCUACAUACGCCUACGUGAAAGUCUCCUCUUUGAUGUAUGAACAAGAGUAGAGUAAGAGAAGAUACUUCUUCUCUCGCUCUACUCAUACUCCUUUGUGGUUGUGGUUACUUCUCAUUAUCAUCAACAUUUUCUAUUCGAGGUAAAUUCCGCAUUCGUGAAAGUUUACGAACAAGGGGAGCAACUUGAGGAUGGCACCGACGCUGUGCUGCCUUACGCGCCGCAUGAGGGUCCGCUGAAUAAGGCCACUGAGAGCGCCAAGCGAGCCAAAAAAAAUCAAAAAACACUGGAAGCCUACAUUAUGGAUACAACCGUGUGUGAAGUAGAACCCAUCUGAUCAUCUUAUAGAAUCUUUCGUAUUCGUUAUCACUCUUGACAUAACCAUGAGCGAGUACUAUUAGCUAUAACAAAAACAAACAGUUUAACUGAAAGUGAAAUUAUAGCCGUAACCGAGUACUAUCGUUAUCUUAAAAGAUUAUUCUCUGAGAGGGUUUAGAUUGUUAGGGUUUAGACGAUCCCGUUCUAACUUCCGUCAACCAACAGCGCGCGACCUAGAGGCUGCAGCACGAAGGGGUAGGCCGAUUCCUGGCGAGACUGGUGGCGCUGGAGACCCUGACACCGCACAAAUCGAAGAUCUGGAGGCCAUGAAUGUUCGCGGUGUUCGAGGUGAAGAGGUCUGAAAAUGAUCGAUUCGUAGUUGUUGGAGAAAAAUGAUGUUAGUUAGUGUCACACUCACAAAGAAUAAGAAUCGAGAAUAGUACAAUAAAGGAUUAGGAUUAGGAUUGUGGGUAACUCAGUUCAACAAACCAUUUGCAUAUGCAUUUCUCUAGUCCUGUUUCCUAAAUUUGAAUCUUCGUUUUUAAAAAAUCUUUCGAAUUCAAUAUCUCAACCAAGCAAGAAUGGGGAAUAGCUUGAUUUUUAGUGAUUAUGAUUACCAGUAGAUAAAGUUAUGUCUACCUCUAGAUAUGUAUUCUUCCUACUUAUUUCACCGAAGAACAAGUACUAGUAGCUAAGGCACUAGUUAGUAGCCAAAGCACUAGGUACUGGCUGAGACUAUGUAUUGCUGUGAUUCACUUUCACUUUCACCGGAAAAAAGAGUGUCAUCAAUCUGUUACUUUCCUCCUGUGCAACUACGACAGCAAUGAUCCUCUGCGUCGUAGAACACCUUCCGCUUCUUUAAAUGUUGAGUAACAAGCUUUGAUGCGGUAAGAUACAUGGAACUGAGAAAACAGGGAGGUAGCGUGACCGAGUGAAUUACAAAAGAAUGGAACUCCAACAGUGUCACCAGGCGUGUCACCUUCAUCCGAGGACUUUUGUUUUCGGACGGACUUCGCUCGGAGGACCAGGCUCUCUCUGACGAAGGCGUACCGAGGACAAGUCCAACUACAAAGCCUUAAGCUUAUAAAGUCAUCUUUCUUCGCGGUAAAACACCAUCAUGAGGAGCAUCAAUCACAUCAAUCAGAAAAGUUUUAGAUGAAUUAACAGAAGCCAUCAUGAAAGUAACAAAACAAGUACUUAACAACAAAGCCUGUACUCAAUAUACUAUUUUCUGAUUCCCAGUACUGCUACUAUCCACUGGAUCGAUCAUGUGGAUACAACUGGAAACACGAGAAAGACUCCCUCGUCGUCCAGUAUAGGGAUGAUAUUUGAUGUAAACAGGAGUUCUUUAAAUUGUUCGUAUUUUAUCACGUUCACGGUGGGUGGAUUUAUCCUGUAUACUAUCCUUGGCUUGUAGUUGGAGAAGAAUGUUGACGCGAAGAUUGACUCUUGAGCUCUUGACAGAAAUUUUUAUCCAAAUUCCGAUUAUUUACACCUCUUGCGUUGUGUGAGAAGGUUCAAGUAAUUAUACAGUAAUGAAAGUUUACGUGAGAGAGGGUGAAGGGGAGCAGAAAUUAAAAGCGGCUCUGCGGUAGGGGCUGCUCGACCAUUGCAACCACGCGGCCGUGGAUGAAUUAAAUGAAUACUUUUCUCCCACUUACCACCUCUCAACGAAAAAAUGCCUGUAAUCAUUAGUAUUUUUCAGUUCAGCUGCAUCAGAUGUAAAGUUAAAACUGAAAAGCCAAUUCUAGGGAAAGUCAUCGAAAGGUCUAUUCUCGUUCUUAUCAAUCACAAUCUCGUACUUAAUAUAUCCAUGAGUUGUACAACGUAGUGGUAGUUUAGUUGUUAAUAGAGUCUUGUCGCUGAGAAAUCUUCAUCAAUUCGAGACCGUUCUGGUCGUCGUCGUCCGAUGUUGUAAAUAGUAUAAGAACUAAUAAAUAUUAAUGUCCUCCGUCGCAUGCAGAAAUCAAUCCAUCGCCCCCUGAUUGAUUGAUGCAGAUACUCUUUCUUAGUCUUUCGGUGGGAGUUAUUUCGUUAAACAGAAUCCUUAUCUUAAUUAUUAUUUUCAUGUAAGCAUCUAGUUGUAACUUCUUCUUCUCCGUAAGAAUAGUCUUUGGAAAAAUCAGUCUUGUAUUUCGUUAUUGCCUUCCAUCGGCCGCGUUGGCUAUGUUGAUGAAUGGAUGAAUUUUAACAUUUACUGCCCUUCGGCUUCGCUCUCAGUCUCAGACAUUGACUAUCGGCUGUCUGUUGUCCACGAUGAAAGAAUGCGAUUUGGGAAGAAAAUUAAGCUCAGGGGAGAAGCUUCUAACAUCAAGAACGAAUUCAGAUUAACGUCGAGCGAGUCUUUUCUUGAGUAGUUUCCGGUGUCAAAUGUAAGCUACGAUGAGCGUGAAGGUGGG